CCACCGUCCUCCCCUCAUUCCCAAGGCCUGGGGCGCGUGCAGAGCGCGCGAGAACCGGAGCGGGGUCGGCCCCCCGAGGCGCGCCGGCCGGCCGGCCGGCCGGCUGCGGGUCCAGGGCGCCGGGGUCCUGCGCCAUGGGAGCGUGCUGGAGCCGGAAGAGAACGUGGCGCCAACCUGGGCACGAGCACUUGUUGUAACAAUUACAGCAUCACCUCAUAUAAGGCGCACUGUGUCCCAGGCAUGGUACUGGUUUACAUUGUGUAUUUAAUUUUCAUAACAGCCCCAGGAAAUAUAUACUAUAGUUAUUCCUAUUUUACAGAUGAGGAAACUGAGGCACAGAGAGGCGGUCAUUUGCCCCAGGCCACACAGCUGGAGCAGCAGCCGAGCUGGACAGAUGACUUGCCCCUCUGCCACCUCUCUGGGGUUGGCUCAGCCUCCAACCGCAGCUACUCUGCUGAUGGCAAGAGCACCGAGAGCCACCCUCCAGAGGACAGCUGGCUUAAGUUCAGGAGUGAGAACAAUUGUUUCCUCUAUGGGGUCUUCAACGGCUAUGAUGGCAACCGAGUGACCAACUUCGUGGCCCAGCGGUUGUCCGCAGAGCUCCUGCUGGGCCAGCUCAAUGCUGAGCACACAGAGGCUGACGUACGGCGGGUCCUGCUGCAGGCUUUCGAUGUGGUGGAGAGGAGCUUCCUGGAAUCCAUUGAUGAUGCCUUGGCUGAGAAAGCUAGCCUACAGUCUCAGCUGCCCGAGGGUGUCCCCCAGCACCAGCUGCCUCCACAGUAUCAGAAGAUCCUGGAGAGACUCAAGGUGCUGGAGAGGGAGAUCUCAGGAGGGGCUAUGGCUGUUGUGGCGGUCCUUCUCAACAACAAGCUCUACGUUGCCAAUGUCGGUACAAACCGAGCACUUCUCUGCAAGUCUACAGUGGACGGGUUGCAGGUGACCCAGCUGAACAUGGACCACACCACCGAGAAUGAGGAUGAGCUCUUCCGCCUGUCACAGCUGGGUUUGGACACAGGAAAAAUCAAGCAGGUGGGGAUCAUCUGUGGGCAGGAGAGCACUCGGCGCAUCGGGGACUACAAGGUCAAAUAUGGCUACACCGACAUUGACCUGCUCAGUGCCGCCAAGUCCAAGCCGAUUAUUGCGGAGCCAGAAAUUCAUGGUGCACAGCCUCUGGACGGGGUGACUGGCUUCCUGGUGCUAAUGUCCGAGGGGCUGUACAAGGCCCUGGAGGCUGCCCACGGGCCGGGCCAGGCCAACCAGGAGAUUGCCGCGAUGAUUGACACUGAGUUUGCCAAGCAGACCUCCAUGGAUGCGGUGGCCCAGGCCGUGGUGGACCGGGUGAAGCGCAUCCACGGUGACACCUUUGCCAGUGGUGGGGAGCGUGCCAAGUUCUGCCUACGGCACGAGGACAUGACCCUGCUGGUGCGGAACUUUGGCUACCCACUGGGUGAAAUGAGCCAGCCCACUCCCAGCCCAGCCUCAGCUGCCGGGGGCCGUGUGUACCCCGUGUCCGUGCCCUACUCAAGCACCCAGAGCACCAGCAAGACCAGUGUGACCCUCUCCCUCGUCAUGCCUUCCCAGGGCCAGAUGGUCAACGGCGCCCACAGUGCUUCCACCCUGGAUGAAGCCACCCCCACGCUCACCAACCAGAGCCCCACGCUGACCCUACAGUCCACCAAUACGCACACGCAGAGCAGCAGCUCCAGCUCAGACGGGGGCCUCUUCCGCGCCCGGCCAGCCCACUCACUCCCACCAGGCGAGGAUGGCCGCGUCGAGCCCUACGUCGACUUCGCAGAGUUCUACCGCCUCUGGAGCGUGGACCACGGCGAGCAGAGUGUGAUGACAGCUCCGUAGCCUCGGGGAGGGAGUGCAGCCCGAGCAGGACCUUGUGCAGGGGCAGGCCCGGUGGCCAGGGCAGGAUGGGCUCACUCCCCUGACCUCUGCUUGUGCUGUGGAGCUGGUGGGCCUGUUGUCCACAGUUGGCCACUGCACAGGAGGGAAGGCCAUCCCUGAUGGACUCAGGCAGGACCCUCAUCAUUCCUCAGAUCAGGGCCCAGUCGUGGAAGCCGGGCUGGCCUGCCAGCCAUGUGCAGCAGAGUGGAAGAGGCCAACCUGGGGACCCAAGUGUCACAAGCCCAAUGGACACUGCUCUCUCAAGGCUGCCCCUGCCUGCUGUCAUCUCCCCUGAAGUGGCCUGUAACGCCUCACCUCCGUCGGUGUAAUGCCAUCACCUCCAGCCUCUCUGUCCCACAAUCCUGGCUUCACAGUGAACCCAGGUGGGGCCUGUACCUGUCCAGGAGGCCAGGGAGUGAGAUGGCCCCUGGGAUGGCCACAGAUGAACAGAUCAGGUGGAAAGGACAAGACAAAACUGGCCUGAGAAGCACUGGUCCUGGAACUGGUCUGAGAAGCUUGUGUGACCAACCUGCCAUUGGGGCUGCUUCUGCUAGGCUCUGCUGGGAAAUGGGAGGCCCAGGGCUGGUGAGCCAGCUCCUGUCUUGCUUCCCUGUUGGUGCUGGGCAGGCCACAGUGGGAGUGGCACAGUGCGAGGCCUUUGCACCGAUGUGGCCCUAACCCGGCUCCGGGUGGCAGUCAGUGCUUGUCAGGUGGGUGCUCAACUGAAAGAGGGAAGAGGCUUCUGGAGCGAGGCUGCCCUUCAGGAUAUGCAUCAUGUUUACAAAGGCGAGGAUUGGGCUGGCCAGGCCCUGAGUGGACAUUUCACAUGUCCUCUCCCCUCAGUGUGGAGGGGCCAUCAGGGCCACUGACAGUUUUGCUGUUCCCAUUUUCAGAGGAAGAAGACCCAGGAAACUUGCUCCUUGCUCAGGUCUUGCCAUGUUGCCAAGAUGCUCCAAACCCACGGCCUUUUGUCAGUACUGGUGGCUGCUGGGUUCUGCCACUCCCACCCCAGCCUCCCUGUCCUACUCUGUCUAGCUGAAGUGGGCCAGGCACCAGCCUCCAUCAGGCCUCCCCUGUGCCGCCUCUCUGUGGGGUCAGAGGCCCCUGCUCACCCCGAGGUUUUGGAAUCUACUUGCCCUGCCGCAGAGCCGGACCUAGUGUGGUUCCAGGGAGAGGCUGGGUUUCCUGACAAAGUCACAGCAUGAGCAACGGGAAAGCAGAUCCCGUACUGGGCCCCAGAUGCCCUCCACUGUGAAGCCACCCUUGUCUUGCUGCCAAGGCUCAAGAACAGAGGGGAUUCUCUCCCAGGAAUGGCUCCAAUGCUAUUUGGUCUCUAAAAUAGAAUCAUGUUUUUAAUGCAGUAAAGUCAUACGUGGUCGUGUUAUGCCUUGUAA